GAAGUGAGUGUUGCAGGCAGAGGGACGUGGAACAGAGGGACCCAGACUUUCUCCAGAGAAGAGGUUCUGUCCGUCCGUCCGUCCGUCCUGAUUCUUGAAGUUUUGCAGGCUGCAGGAGAAAAAGGCGAUGGGUCUCCCCAACAGCCGACAGGGAGCACAGAAGGUCAUGCUUCUGGCAGGCUUCCUCCUAAGCUGCAUGCUGCAGUUCGCGCCAGCACAGUCUCAAUCCCAGUUGUCUUUGACCCCUGAGCCAAAUGACCCUUUGAUGGGCAAGGAUGUCAAGCUGUCUCUGAAGGGCGCCCCCCAGCAGUUCACGCAGUGCCAGUGGUUCAGGCAAAGCCACUCGGGGAGAGCGGAGAACAUCUUCACACACUUUGGGGAGCAGACUCAGAGGCCACUGGUAAAAGGCCGUGGACACACUGGACGGGAGACAUUGAAAGACAAAUGCUCCUUGUAUAUCUCGAGGUUGACACAGUCCGAUAAGGGGAAUUACACCGUGGUGAUACAGGACCAGCAAACGGGGAGAAACUACUCUGUCUCUUAUUAUUUGCGUAUCUCAAACCUCAUCUCCAUAAUCCUCAACCCGCAACGUCCUGAACCAGGUCAGGACCUCACCCUGACCCCACAAAAUGCCCCGAGGGAAUUUAACUUUUGCAAGUGGGUCAUACAUCCCAGUAGCAGGAAAGAAAAAGUUCUCGAAUACAGCCCAGGGGGCGGAGAUCAGCAGAACCCGUCCCAAGACAGAGCGACUUUGAAGUCAGAUUGCUCCUUGCACAUCAGGCAGCUUGAUAAUUCUGACACCGGCAACUACACGGUGGAGAUCGAAUCUUCUUUGAAGCAGCAGCAACAACCAGGGCAGGGGACAUCCCCCCAGGAACCUGAAGGAGGAGACUAUCAGAUACACAAGGGACAGCUCUAUCUUGACGUCCUCCGACAAUCUGCUCAUGGCUCCCAAAAAGGUCGUGCCUCUGCCUCUUUGACCUACAGCGCAGCAGUCGUCGCCGGGACCUUGUUUGGAUCGCUCGCCUGGGCAGACGCCCUGGUGCCCGUCUUCUCCGGGCUAUUCUGCUCCCUCACUUCCCUGAGUCGCAAAGUCGCCCCAUGAAUGAUGAGUUUGGCGGAAAGUCCCUCACUUUUGCAAGCCUCGCCAUCUGGGCAACAGAUUCCCGAUAACCAGGAAGGCCUCUCUGCCUCUUUCUAUGCAGUGCCAAGCUGUGGAUGAAGAAAUAUCCUGGAUCCUGUGCAGUCUUAUAUAUAUAUAUAAACCGUAUUUCAUUUCUGUUAAUACAAAAAAAUGUAAAGAUUUCUAGAACGUCUAUCCAGCAUUCAAUCAACUCAGUGUAGACUCAUUUGAAUUCAUAGACAUGGUGAACUUAGGCCCAUUAAUUUCACUGGGUCUACUCUGAUGUAGACAAUGCACAAGAUGUGAAACUUACAGAAACUCAGAAAAGUAUAUCAAACCUAUGUAGCUUGUUUACCCGUAAUUAUCAGAUGUUACCCAGUUUUGAACAAACUUAUUGUAAGCCUGUUGAUGCUUUUCCUGCACCCUGAUACUUUUUUCAAAUAAAGUGUUGCUUUUUUCUGCCUUAAACCUACAAAUUUUCAUUUCAGUUGC